AUGGGCCAGACCCUGGUUAAAUCGGGGAAGCCCCGCUUCAUCGAUGUUAACGGACUUCUACUUCCUUACUCUUUCACUCGAGACAACGUGCUGUUCGCCACCAUGCUAAGACCCGACGAUGGCGACAUCGUGAUAGCCGGCUACCCUAACAGCGGCACCAAGACAGUAGCCAUCAUGCUGCACUUGCUUUUGCAUCCGCAGAGGAAGGCCGGAAACCAGGUCUCGAUCGACGUCCCUCUCAUCGAGUGGGUGGGACCGGGCGUGAACUACAUGCGCCGACCCCGGAUCAUGUGCACCCACUUGCCCUAUUCCAAACUGAACAUCAACCCGAUGGCAAAGUAUGUGUACACCAUUCGCAACCCCAAGGACUGCUGCGCGCACGGCUUCGAAGACGCCAUCAGCUUCCCGCAGGACUAUGCGUACCCGGAGGGCUGCUUCGAUGACUACCUGGGCUUGUUCCUGCAGGGCGCGGUUCAUGGCAACGACUAUUUCAACCACGUGCUGUCCUGGUGGGGGCAUCCCAACGACUCGCACGUCUUGAAGCUCGUCUUCGAGCACCUCCGAAUUGAAUCGAGGCCUCACAUGGAGAGGGUGGUGGGAUUCGUGGGGUGGGAGAGCAUGGUCGGUAGAUGCAAGAGCGCGGCGCUGAUGCAGGAGGUGCUUGAGAACAUCGCCAGCGGUCCUGCGCAUACGAGGAUCAUGGAUAUCAAGAUGGCGACGCCGACCACUGACAGGCCGGUAGCGAACGUGUCCGCGGUGGCGUAUUGGAAGAACUACUUCACGUGCGGACAGUCCAAGAUGAUGGAUUCUGUCUUCUUGGAAAGGACCCGGGAAUCGGACAUCCGGAAUCUGUGGAACGAUUACAAUGUGUUCGCGUUUUGA